CUCCGCCGUCAACAGUUCGCUAGCAUGGCUCGCUGGGUGCCCAUCAUGUGCGUCGUGUUGCUCUGCGUCGCCUGCGCUGACGUAGCCGACGGUACCCCGAGGCGAUCGGGCCGUGUCAGCCGGCGGCAAGAGCGGACCUCUCGUGUCCACCACCACCGGCACAAGCGGCACCACCGGAGCCACCCACCCAGCGUGCCUGAGCGACCGGCAUCCGCCAGCCGCGCUCCACUGAGUCACAAGCAGGCUGCGCUAGAGUUGCAGCGGCUGACGGACCAGCUGCUGGCCGGUUACCAGUCGGACCAGCCGUCCUGGAGCAGCCUGAAGCGGCAGCUGGCCAGUCGGGAGGGCGUGGAGCGACUGAGGCGGCGCGGGCCGCAGCGCGCCUUCGCCGGCUUCAUGAGCGACGCCGCCGCCGGACACGACCAUCAGCUGUUCGAAGAGGCACUGAACAGCCUAUCACGCAUCAACAUGAACCACUCGUGCAGCGUGCCGGCCGAGCAGCUGGUGCGCGUGAGCGAGGAGUUCCCCAGCUCGAGGCUGCAGUACCUGCCGACCAGCGUGCUGCUGCGCCGCUGCUCCGACCACAGCGGCUGCUGCUACGACCACCAGACGUGCGCGGCCCGGGCUGCCGUCAAGGUCCAGCGCACGGUCAUGGUGCUGGACUACGUUUCUGGGCCCUUGUUUCUAAAAUAUCCGAAGAAGCUGACGUUCGCAGAGCACACCAGCUGUCACUGCGUGGACCGGACGGCAUCCGCCUCCUGUCCCAGCACCUUCACACCGGCGCUCAACGACGACCGGACGACGGGCGACCGACGGAGAACAGGCCAGUCGCGUCACAGCUCUCCAGCCAGUCAGAUCCGGCGUCGCGAGUGCCGCUGUCCGAGGGAAUUCGUGUCCCGCCCGAUGCCGGACGGCAGCUGCAAGUGUGACUGCAUCGACGGCAACACGAAAUGCAUCAGAACCAAACGAGGCCAGACAUACAUCCGGGAAGAGCAGCAUAGGUGCAUCCUGAGCGGCGAAUGCGACCCGCCCGCCUGCGCGUACGGCAAGUACGGGCGGCGCGCCAGCCGGUGCCCGCGGCGGCGCGAGAAGCCGCCUGCACGCUGGCUCAAGUUCACCGUCUGAGGCCAGCUCAAGGCCGACCUACAC